AUGCACACUACUGCGCGCCCCGCCACGCCACGCCACCCGCCACGCCACACCAUCCGCCACCCGCCACGCCACCCGCCACCCGCCACGCCACACCACCCCCGCCACCCGCCCCGCCACGCCGCGCCACCCGCCACGCCUCGCCACCCGCCACGCCACCCGCCCCAGCAUGCCACCCGCCACGCCAUACCACCCGCCACGCCAUACCACCCGCCCCGCCACGCCACCGGCCCGGCACGCCACCCGCCCCACCACAACACCCGCCCCGCCACGCCACCUCCGCCACGCCACCCGCCCACCACACCACCCGCCCCACCACGCCACGCCACCCGCCCUGCCCCGCCACCCGCCCCCGCCACGCCACCCGCCCCGCCACGCCACCCGCCACGCCACGCCACCCGCCACGCCACACCACCCGCCCCCGCCACGCAACCCGCCCCGCCCUGCCCCGCCCCGCCCCGCCACCCGCCACGCCACGCCACCCGCCACGCCACCCUCACCACGCCACGCCACCCGCCACGCCACGCAUCCCGCCACCCACCCGCCACGCCACCCGCCCCGCCCUGCCACGCCACCCGCCCCGCCACGCCACCCGUCCCGCCACCCACCACGCCACCCGCCCCGCCACCCGCCACCCACCACGCCACCCGCCCCGCUACGACACCGACCACGCCACCCACCCCGCCACGACACCCACCACGCCACCCAUCACGCCACCCGCCCCGACACCCACCACGCCACCCGCCCCGCCACGCCACGCGACCCGCCACGCCACCCGCCACGACACCCACCACGCCACCCGCCCCGCCACCCGCCACGACACCCACCACGCCACCCGCCCCGCCACCCGCCACGACACCCACCACGCCACCCGCCCCGCCACGACACCCACCACCCACCCCGCCACGACACCCACCACGCCACCCGCCCCGCCACCCGCCACGACACCCACCACGCCACCCGCCCCGCCACCCGCCACGACACCCACCACGCCACCCGCCCCGCCACCCGCCACGACACCCACCACGCCACCCGCCCCGCCACGACACCCACCACCCACCCCGCCACGACACCCACCACGCCACCCGCCACGCCACGCGACCCGCCACGACACCCACCACGCCACCCGCCCCGGCCCGCCACCCGCCCGCCCCGCGCCACGUUCCGCCACCCGCCCCCCCCCCGCCACACCACUCGCCCCGCCCCGCCACUCCACCCGCCCCGCCACACCACUCGCCCCGCCCCGCCACUCCACCCACCCCGCCACACCACCCGCCCCGCCACGACACCCGCCACACCACCCGCCACGCCACACCACCCGCCACGCCACGCCACCCGCCUCGCCCCGCCACGCCACGCCACCCGCCCCGCCACGCCACGCCACCCGCCCUGCCACGCCACCCGCCCCGUCCCGCCCCGCCACGCCACCCGCCCCGUCCUGCCACCCUUACCUCGCCACCCCACACCACUAUCCACCAAUACCCUUUACGACCCACCAGUACACUUAAUGAACUCGUGUCGUCCAGUACCGGGUUAUCGGGCCGGGAAUGA